AUGAUGCAACCUCGAAGAUCUCCGCGAAACCCUUUCCUCUUUGCCUUGAUCUCUCUGCAACUGCAAUUCCUUUCUGGCCUAGCCGACCCCAACCCAUCAGAUCCCAAAGGUGAAAAUAAAAAUGUGAGUGAACAUGUUUCCAAAGGUUCUACGGGUCUCAAGAUACUUUUUGUAUUCCUUGGUGUGGUAGCAGUCAUAGCAUCCGGUGUUUUUCUAUUCAAAUUAUGGCAAAGGAAGAAGAGAGAAGAACAGCAUGCUCGUCUUUUGAAGCUGUUUGAAGACGAUGAUGAACUCGAGGUUGAACUUGGUAUGCGGGAUUAA